CACUCUGAUUGUAGUUUUAGACAUCAUAUACCGGUUGGUACAAGUGCUUUUAUAAUUACUGAUAACUACAGCAGUAAAAGAUCAGGAUUUCUGUAAAGAGAAGAAUGGAGAUGAGUGAGGAGAUUUAUCAAAAUGUAGAAGUUGAAUCAAAUAAUAGAGCUGAUUCCUGUGACAUUGAGCAUUCAUAUGAAGAUGUUAAUGUGAAUGAGAACAAUUUGCAGACCAAAAGAGCCAGAAGCUUCAAACAAUCUGAGAGCUCAGGAGGAGAGACUACAAGAAGCCGAUGUUACAGACUGACUGCAGUGUGUUUGCUGGUGCUGUGUGUUCUUCUGAUGACUGCAAUCACAAUUCUGUGGAUCAAAUUCAACACACUUGAUGCUGAAAUCAACACCCUGAAUAAAGAGAGAGAUCUGUUCCAGACCAGAAACAACACCCUGACUAAAGAGAGAGACCAGUUAGAGACCAGUUACAACAUCCUGAUUAAAGAGAGAGACCAGUUAGAGACCAGUUACAACACCCUGACUAAAGAGAGAGACCAGUUACAGACCAGUUACAACACCCUGACUAAAGAGAGAGACCAGUUACAGACCAGUUACAACACCCUGACUAAAGAGAGAGACCAGUUACAGACCAGUUACAACACCCUGACUAAAGAGAGAGACCAGUUACAGACCAGUUACAACACCCUGACUAAAGAGAGAGACCAGUUACAGACCAGUUACAACACCCUGACUAAAGAGAGAGACCAGUUACAGACCAGUUACAACACCCUGACUAAAGAGAGAGACCAGUUACAGACCAGUUACAACACCCUGACUAAUGAGAGAAAUAACUUACAGAGAGAUAAAAAUGAGCUCCAGAGGUUUUCUAAACUGGAAUGGAUAUAUUUCAGCACCAGUGUUUACUACAUCUCUAAUGUAGCUAAGAGCUGGCCUGAGAGCAGACAGGACUGCAGUGAGAGAGGAGCAGGCCUGGUGAUCAUAAACAACAGAGAGGAACAGGAGUUCCUCAGUAAAAUGCGGUGCAGCAGAAAAGCCUGGAUUGGUCUAAAUGACAGAGACUCUGAGGGAGUGUGGAAGUGGCCGGAUGAUACACCACUGACCACUGGGUACUGGGGACGUGGUGAACCUAACAAAUAUAGUGGAGAUGAGAACUGUGUUAUCACAGGUGAAAUGUCUGAUUCUAUCUGGACCUGGGCUGAUUAUCCCUGUCAUCAUAAGUUUAUUUGGAUCUGUGAGAAGACAAUCUUUAACUAACGAAAAGCAUUCAACUGAAUUUACAUUGUUACAUUAUUGUGUCUGAAAAAUCCUCAGCAUCAUAAUGUUGCCUGGUUUUCUAUUUUUCAUUCAGCAGCGACAUGGAAGCAUGAAUGUGGUUUAAUGUGAUCAAUCGUUUUGUUCUGUGAUGACAAAGUGACUUGGUUCACUCAAUGUUAUAUUCUCCCUUCUGUUGGCUUUCUUCUCUGUCCUUUAUUCUGUUAUUAUUUGUAUACAUGCUACGAGAUCACAGAAAAAGGAACAGAAAAAGAAUAAAGUGUCAGUGAACAACAA